ACUGUAUUACUGUUUACUAACUUUUUGGCAAAGCAAGACAUUUCUCCCUCCCGCCAAGAGUAAAGUGUUUGCUGCUCCAUUACUCCCUCCCCCUCUGUAAGUUUCAUUUGUGUUCAUCUUCUAAAAAAUUCCAUUACUGUUUUCUGCAUUUCCCUCUCUGUAACUCACAGCAAGCGAUCGCACCUUUUCCUAACAGAUAGAAGAUAAAUUUCAGUUAUAAAUCCUGAAUUCACCAGAAGUGCUCUUAAUGGACUCUUAUGGACUCAAGUCAGUCUCAGAUUUACCUGCUCCUUUACGGUCAACUUUCAAUUUCAGAUACUUUAAUUCUCUCCAGAGUGAAUGCUUUUCUGCUUGUUUUCUUUCCGAUGUGAACAUGGUUAUAUCAGCACCAACUGGAAGUGGAAAAACAGUGCUGUUUGAACUAUGCAUCUUAAGACUUCUUUCAAAGUUCAUCUCUACAGAGGGAGUCUUUAAUCAUGUAAAGGGGACUCUGAAAACAAUAUAUAUAGCCCCUUCAAAGGCUUUAGUUCAAGAGAAGCUUCGGGAUUGGGAUCGUAAGCUUGGUUCUUGGGGAAUUAAUUGCUUGGAACUGACAGGUGACAAUGAGUUUUACAACAUAAAAACUAUACAAGAAGCUGACAUAAUACUGACCACUCCCGAGAAGUUUGAUGCUGUGACUCGGUAUCGCAUAAAAGAUGGUGGUCUCAGUUUCUUUAGUGACAUAGCACUGGUACUUAUUGAUGAAGUUCAUCUACUGAAUGAUCCCCGUGGAGCAGCUCUAGAGGCAAUUGUCAGCAGAUUAAAAAUGAUCUCUUGUAAUCCUGAGAUGAAAUCUAGUGUGUUAGCGCAUGUCCGUUUUCUUUCUGUUUCUGCCACUAUUCCAAAUAUUGAGGACGUUGCUGAAUGGCUAAUGGUUCCAGUCCAGGGGAUCAAAAGGUUUGGAGAAGAAAUGAGACCUGUGAAACUGACGACCAAAGUUUUUGGCUAUACCCCGGCGAAGAAUGACUUCUUAUUUGAAAAGCGCCUUCAGAACUAUAUAUUCGAUCUACUCAUGCAAUAUUCCAGAGGGAAAUCCGCACUAGUGUUUUGUUCCACUAGAAAAGGAGCACAAGAAGCAGCACAACGGCUAGCUCAGAUGGCAAUGACUUUUGGUCAUUCUAAUCCAUUCAUCAAAAACAGGGAACAACUGGAAAGGUUAAGGGAAGUUUCACUAUCCUGCACUGACAAACAGAUGCAGUCAUAUAUCCUAUAUGGUGUCGGCUAUCACAAUGGAGGACUUGCAGCGAAGGAUCGUAACCUUAUCGAAAGUCUGUUUCUUAGUGGGGAUAUUCAAGUUUUGUGCACUACAAAUACUCUUGCCCAUGGAAUCAAUCUUCCAGCUCAUACAGUGAUAAUUAAAUCUACACAACACUUCAACAAGGAGAAAGGCCUCUACUUGGAAUAUGAUCGAUCAAUGGUACUUCAGAUGUGUGGGAGGGCAGGUCGUCCACCAUUCGAUGAUACAGGACUGGUCAUUAUUAUGACAAGAAGAGAAACGGUACACUUGUAUGAGAACCUAUUGAAUGGAUGUGAAACUGUAGAAUCUCAAUUGCUUUCGUGCAUUACGGAACAUCUUACAGCAGAGAUAGUUCAGCUGACAGUAUCAGAUAUAACAAGAGCAAUAGAAUGGAUGAAAUGUUCAUACUUAUAUGUAAGGAUGAAAAAGUGUCCUGAAAACUAUGCAAUACAAAAAGGGAUGCCUACUACCCGUAUUGAGAAGCAUCUACAAGAGAUCUGUGUUCAGAAAGUUAACGAGUUGUCACAGUAUCAUAUGAUUUGGACUGAUGAAGACGGUUUCCUCUUAAAACCCCUUGAGCCAGGAAAACUGAUGACCAAGUAUUAUCUGAAAUUUGACACAAUGAAACAUAUUAUGCUGGCUCCUUCAAGCUGCAGCAUCGAAGAUGCACUUCAUAUUGUGUGCCGGGCAGAGGAAAUUGCAUGGAUCCAGCUCAGACGCAAUGAAAAGAAGAUCCUGAAUGAUAUAAAUACUGAUAAAGAUGGUCGACUUCGCUUUCACAUCCUUGGUGAUAAGGGGAAAAAGAAAAAACGUAUCCAGACCAGAGAAGAAAAAAUAUUUGUUUUAGCAAAUGACUGCUUGACUGGGGAUCCUUUGGUCCACGAAUUAUCCAUGAGUCAGGACAUGAACUCGGUAUGCUCCAAUGGCUGUAGAAUCGCAAAGUGCAUGAAAGAGUAUUUCUUUUACAAAAAGAACUACAAAGGAGCAUUUAAUUCAACCCUUCUAGCCAAAUGUUUACAUCAAAAACUUUGGGAUGACAGUCCGUACUUGCUGAAACAGUUACCUGGCAUUGGGAUGGUGACUGCAAAGGCACUACUUUCAAUGGGGGUUAGGUCAUUUGAGACCCUUUCAGAAGCCGACCCGAGGAAAAUAGAGAUAGUCACUGGUCGCAAGUACCCGUUUGGUAACCAUAUUAAGGAAUCAUUGUCGUCACUACCUGCAAAAGUUGAGAUGAAGAUGGAGGAGACUGAUUGCCCAAGGCAAGGAAAGUCCAAGCUAGUGAUAACAUUGACUAGACUAUUGCAGUCACUACAGUUCACCAAGAGACAUUAUGCUGAUAUGGUUGUUGGUGUUGAAGAAGAUAACUUGAUCAUCUUUCACGAGAAAAUAAGACUGGAUGACUUCCCGAGCCCAUAUAGUGCAACAAUUCUACUGUCAAGCCCUCCUCAGCAAGGAAAACUUACUGUCAAGGCAGAUCUGAUAUUUGAGGACUUCCUUGGUAUUGAUCUUCAUCAGAAGGUUAUAUUGAUGAAAGAAAGUGGCUCCAAUGUAGUACAUAAACAUGGAAUGAAGCAUAUUUCAUCAAUUGCUCAUACCAAGGAUAUGUGCGUCAUUAAAGAUGACAACAAGGGUAGACUCCCUCCUCCAGCAGAACAGAAAAAGGCAUCUAUAGCAGAUAUAGAUUACGUUCCAAGCUUCAACCUUCUGGAUGAAGAGUUCGAAGAAAGUAAGAUGCCCAGUUUUAAGCUUGUUGAUGAAGAUAUAGAUGAAGAUAAAAUUUGUGGUUCAACUGCUAUGUUGGUUGAAGACGAUGACUGCAAAAUCAUAACUGAAAGAACUGUAUUUGAUCACAUCCGAAAGAAGGCCAAAAGCUUACCUAUACUGGCCGCAUCAAAUGUUGACCCCCAGUGUUCUCCUUCAUUAGAGACCUUGACACUUAUCAGAAAGCGCAAUCGUGAGAGACAGCUAGAACUUGAUAGUGCCAUAGAAGUAUUGGACGACAUGGAUGAGAGUAAUUUUCAUUGGAAUUCAGUUAGUCCUGCAGAACCAAGGAAAGCAGAACAAAGCAGACAGGUUGAUAAAGAUCUGAUUUCAAAAUGCAACAUUAAUACUGCUGAUGCCACUAGCAGUGCAGAUUUGCUUGAUCCUGCACCUGAAGAGAGCACAUCCAAAGCUUUAGCUGGGGAAAGAAUUUUUGAACACAUACGGAAAAAAGCUACAAAUUUUCCUGUUCUUGAGACGCCAUUCAGAAUCCCUUCUCCUGAGAGUUGCCUAGCAAAGAAGGAACUUCAAUGCCAAGGAAGUGAUAUGAAGCAAUAUUACUCCACGGUUCUGCCGAAAAGGCAAAGGUGUUUUUCUCAAACAAUGGGUGAAAUCAGGGAGGCAGAGUCCUGCCUUGGGUUCAAGAGUGUGUUUUCGUUUCUUUAAUUGCUUCUUGUCCUUUCUCAUCGUAGAUUUCAACUACUUCUACAUUGUACGUAACAAUCGGGUAGAAGAAAAAACUGUAGCAAUAUCUCUUCCUCUUUUCGGGUUCUGCCUACUGUUAGAUGAAUUUGUCAGAUGAAUUAGAUGAAUUGUAUCUUUCAGAUAUAAAAACCGAUACAAAAAUUUCUUUGAUUCAGUAUCAUAAACUGAAUGACAUUAUAAAUUUA